CAGACGCUGAGUUGAAGCACAGUUACUGUGGUUAAGGCAUGGAACCCUGGCGUUAAGGAGCUUGCGUAGCAGAGCAAACCUGGUACGGUUACAUUCAGAUAAGCGUAUUUACCACUGUGAUAUUCGGGAUCAAGAUAAUGUCACGUCCAUUGUUGGGUAAAGUUUGCGUAGUAACUGGUGCCAGUCGUGGCAUCGGUAAAGGAAUUGCAUUGCAACUCGGAGAAGCUGGGGCCACGGUUUACAUAACAGGUCGAACUUUUUCACCGAAUGACACACCAUUACCAGGAUCCUUACAGGAAACCGCAAAACAGGUCGAAGAACGUGGUGGCACCUGUAUACCAGUGAAAUGUGAUCACACAGAUGAUAAACAAGUAGAAGAAUUAUUUGAUAAAAUCAACAAAGAACAAAAUGGACGACUGGAUCUCUUGGUUAACAAUGCUUACGCUGCAGUAAAAGCAUUGACUCAAUCUGGUUUCUCAGCAACAAAAUUCUGGGAAUUGGAACCUGAAUUGUGGGAUACUGUGAAUAAUGUUGGACUCAGGGGCCAUUAUGUUGCAUCAGUGUUUGCAGCAAGAAUGAUGGUACCAGCAAAGCAGGGUUUGAUUAUCAACAUCUCGUCACCAGGUGGCCUUAUGUACUUUAUCAAUGUCGCAUAUGGUGCGGGGAAAGCAGGGGUAGACAAAAUGGCAUUUGACUGUGCACAUGAACUAAGGAAACACAGUGUUGCAGCUGUUUCAUUGUACCCUGGAGCAGUGAGAACUGAGCUUAUUAAUGAUAUGUUAAGCAAAGCACCACCUAAGGGUGACACAGCAAUUGAUAAUCAACUGAAGAUAUUUGAAAAUGGAGAAAGUCCUGAAUUUUCUGGUAGAGGUGUUGUACACCUUUUGAGUGACCCAAACAUUAUGAAGAAAUCUGGUCGUAUUUUAUUCAUGGGAGACGUGGCGUCUGAGUAUGGCUUUACAGACAUAGAUGGAAAAGUACCUUUCCACAGCAGACGUGUAAAAGACGUGUUGCAGCUUAGUGGACAUACAUGGCUAUCAAUGUUUAUACCAAAGUUUGUCACUGUCCCACGGUGGAUGAUGGCUGUAUUUUUGAGCAAACUGUGAAAAGAUGACAAAACAUAACAUUUAUUUUGCAAUCAAGUGAG